AUGCUGAUCAACACGACGUACAAAGAUGUGCCCACCCAGCUCGAUCCAAACGGCAGGCCCAUCAGGUUCUUAGUGAUCACUCCCAACGUGCCCAACUACCCCAACGCCAAGUUUCCCGGCGUUGUCGUGUUCAGCGAAAUCUACCAGGUGACUGGACCCGUCGAGCGUUUUGCGGGACAGAUCGCCAGCAAUGGAUAUGUCGUAGUUUGCCCUUCCAUUUACCAUGAGUUCCAAGGCCCCGAGGCGAUUCCUUACGAUGUCGAAGGCACCGAUAGAGGCAACAGGUUCAAGAUUGAGAAAGAAGUCGCCGCGUAUGACGAGGCCUUCCGCGCUUCGUUCCACCCCCGCGUUUUAGCCUCGUUCUGUUUCUUCGCGACAGAUAUCCACAGUGCGACUCUUGGUAAAGGCAAGAGCGACGACUCGCUCGCGAAAGUCCGUGCAGGUGGCCUGAACGGAGACAAGGAGCUUGUCAUGGUUUUCGGGAAACAGGAUACCCAUGUCCCCCGUGCGGGGCGCGAUCUUAUCCGUCAGACCCUCGAAGACGCCAACGUUACUGUCACGUUCCUGGAAGUGCAAGCCCAGCACGCAUUCAUACGCGACGAAAGCUCCAAGGGACGCUGGGAUGCGGCCCUGACCCGCUCUAUGUUCACAUCACUGAUGGAACUAUUCGAGAGGAGGGUGGGUAGGGAUCUUGGCGAACGCGUGGAGGACAACAGGGAGAUUGAGCACGUUUGUUAA